UGAGUCGAUAAUGUGGCAAAACAGGGGUUUUCACUGGGAGCAAUAGAGAGCGUCAGGCACUAGGCUGCGCUUCAGGAUGCCCUAAUAUACCAGUGAGGAAGAGAGAGAUGCCUAUACUCACUUACUUCUCGUGUUUUAAGUUCACCACAAGAUUGCUUUGGGGAACGGGAGUCGAGAUACUCCAAAGAGGCAGAUAAACGUUUACUCAAACAAGGUCUAUUAUAGGCAUUUGUGGCGUUCUUCCGAAGUAUAUGACCAAUUUAAAACAAUGCUUGCUGUCGCUCAAUAUCCCUUCUUUUAGGCCGAAUCUUGCCCCCUAAAGACCCGGCACAACAAUAUAUAUAUAUUGAAACUGCUCUAUCUUUGUGUUUAUAGAUAACGCAUAGUUUUCGUGUAUUUCUUGUCUGAUAAAGACUCAGAAAAUUACAUUUUUAAUAUUUAUAACUCCAUGGAGAUUCUUCUCAGUUAUCAAAAAUUUGUGUGAGGUGCUGUGUUCAAAACAAUAAAUAGACCUGAACAAGAACACAUUAGUACAAAAGCGCUGUACAAAAUAAAUUUUAUAUCAAUUUUUUAUGUGAAAGGUUGAUUAAUUCUAAAACAGGAAAUAAAAGUAGUGAAAGUUCCUAAAAUGUCCUGGAAAAGACCUGAAAGUGUGGCAUUUCCCCAAGUUUGGAUGACAUUUGAGGCAAAAGAUCCUGAGACGGGAAAAUCUGUUCAAUACAGAAUCCAGGAUUUACCUGAAGAUCGCUUCCAGGAAGCUGUACAUCUCAUAAAAACCAUUUUCGUUCGAGAUGAAGCCAUGUGCAAAUCUUUAGAUUGCAUUAAUGAUCCGGUUGUUGAAAGAAAAUCGACGGAUAUGUUGGAGGAGGACAUAGCACAAAAAACAUCAUUGGUUUGCUUUAAAGAAGGUUCAGAUGAAAUUUGUGGCCUUAACGUCUUAAGAGUCCACGAGAAAGAUGCAAAAGAAGAAGAAAGAAAAAUUUCUGAUAAGAAGACCCAAGAAAUGUUUAAGACUUUUGCAUUUAUUGAGAAAAAUGCUGAUCUUUAUUAUCGAUAUGAAGUGGAUAAGUACCUCCAUGCAUUUACUCUUCUUGUUCUUCCUAAAUAUCGGGGUAUAGGCCUGUCAACGGAAAUCCUUAAAGCCAGUAUUCCUUUCUGUAGGGCUCUAGGACUGAAAAUUACUGCUGGAAUUUUUACCGGAACUGCAUCCCAGAGAUCAGCCGCAAAAGCUGGAUUUGUGGAAGACUAUUCCGUGCUUUAUGAAGAUCUUGCCAAGUAUGAACCUUACGUGCUGUUUCCUAACAUUACAGCUACAUCAGUAAAAUUUAUGAGCCUACAUGUUCCGGAUUAAGUCUUUAUCAGGUUCUAUGUUAAUGAAGUUGAAUUAGUCAGUAAAAAAUAAAUGAAAUUUGCAAUU